AUGGGGACUAUUAUUUUUACGUUUUUUCUUUGCUUUGUUAGCCAAAUGUUGGUGUAUUAUCUCAUGCCAUCAACAGUUGUUGCUCUUUCUUUGAGUUCAGAGACUGAUAAGCUUGCUUUGCUUGCUUUGAAAGAAAAACUUACAAAUGGUGUUCCCGAAUCUCUCCCAUCAUGGAAUGAGUCUCUACAUUUCUGUGAAUGGCAGGGGGUUACAUGUGGCCGUCGUCACAUGAGAGUCUCUAGCUUGCAGUUGGAGAAUCAAACAUGGGGUGGUACUCUUGGUCCAUCCUUGGGAAAUCUAACAUUUUUGAAAAUACUGAUGCUUAGAAACCUCGCGUUGCACGGUGAAAUUCCAGCUCAAAUUGGUCGUUUGAAGCGAUUGCAUGAUCUUAUCUUAAGCAGCAACAAGCUUGAAGGAGAAAUUCCUAUAGAGCUCUCAAACUGCACAAAUCUACGAGUAAUUGAAUUGUAUCACAAUCAACUCAUUGGAAGAGUCCCUUCAUGGUUUGAAUCGAUGCAACUUACUUUGUUGAACCUUGGUUUCAAUAAUCUAGUUGGCACUAUUCCAUCUUCCUUGGGAAAUAUUUCAUCACUCUCGGAUCUAUCACUUUCAUCGAAUCACUUGGCGGGAAACAUACCCCAUGCUUUGGGUAAGUUGUCAGGUUUGAAAAUGUUGACUCUAGAUUUAAAUAAUUUGUCAGGUGAAAUUCCUCAUUCUCUUUACAAUCUAUCGAAUAUUCAAUCAUUUAUUCUCGUGGAUAACAAGUUAUUUGGUAGUCUUCCAUCAAAUCUGAAUCUUGCUUUUCCCAAUCUUCGAGGGUUUUUGGUUGGAGGGAACCAAAUAAGCGGAGCUUUUCCAUCUUCAAUAUCCAAUAUCACCGAUUUAACAACGCUUGAUAUAGCUCGUAAUGCUUUUAAUGGACCAAUACCUCUUACUUUGGGUCAAUUAAAUAAACUUGAGAGGGUUGAUAUUGGUGAUAAUAACUUUGGAAGUGGAGGGAAUCAUGAUUUAGAUUUCCUUUCUUCACUAACCAAUUGUACUAAAUUAUCACUCCUCUCCUUUUAUAAGAAUAGAUUUGGUGGUCUGUUGCCCGAUCUUAUAGGAAACUUUUCGAGUAUUGUUACUCUUGAUAUUUCAUUUAAUCAAAUAUAUGGGGCUAUACCUGAAAGCAUAGGACAACUAACUGGUUUAACUAGCUUAGACAUUGGGUUCAAUCACCUUGAAGGAACAAUUCCAAGUUCAAUUGGAAUGCUCAAGAAUAUAGAACGACUGGUCUUGCAAGCAAACAAGUUAUCUGGUAAUAUUCCACUAUCUAUUGGAAAUCUUACUAUAUUGUCUCAACUAUAUCUUGCUGCAAAUAUAUUACAAGGAACCAUUCCAGUUACCCUGAGAUAUUGCACUAAGUUGGAGAUAGUAAGUAUGAGUGUUAACAAUUUGAGUGGUAAUAUACCCAACCAAACUUUUGGUUAUCUAAGAGGUUUAGUAUUACUUGUCUUGUCCAACAAUAGCUUCACUGGUUCUAUUCCGUCAGACUUUGGUAAUUUAGAGCAACUUUCCCAAUUGUUUCUUCACUCAACCAAGUUAUCUGGUGAAAUUCCAAAUGAACUUGGUGGCUGUUUGUCAUUAACAAAGUUAGUUUUGAGGGAGAAUUUCUUCCAUGGAAAUAUACCUUUGUUCUUGGGCUCCUCUAUACGCUCCCUCGACACGUUAGACCUUUCUAGAAAUAAUUUCUCAGGAACAAUCCCCUUUAAACUAGAAAAUCUAACACUUUUGAAUUCUCUAGACUUGUCUUUCAACAAUCUCUAUGGAGAGGUUCCCACUGGGGGUGUCUUUAGCAAUGCCUCACGAAUUUCACUAUCGGGAAACAAUAACCUCUGUGGGGGGAUACCUCAAUUGAAGCUUCAUGCAUGCUUUAGGGCCCCUUCAAGGAAACACAAGAGAUCUCUAAAAAAGAAACUUAUCAUCAUCAUCAUCAGUGUAAUUGGUGGAAUUUCUAUCUCUUUUAUAGCUUUUCUAGCGGUCCAUUCUCUCACUGGAAAGCGGAAAAGGUUACCUUCUUCACCAUCGUUGCAAGAUGAAAGCUUAAGGGUUACAUAUGGAGAUCUACACGAAGCAACCAAUGGAUUUUCAUCUUCAAAUUUGUUAGGAGUUGGAAGUUUUGGCUCUGUUUACAAAGGAUCUCUUCUCAACUUUGAAAGGCUUGUUGCUGUAAAGGUAUUGAAUCUUGACAUACGUGGUGCAACAAAGAGUUUCAUGGCAGAAUGCAAAGCUCUGGGAAAGAUGAAGCACCGAAAUCUUGUCAAGGUCAUAACUUGUUGUUCAAGUAUUGAUUAUAAUGGUGUAGAUUUUAAGGCAAUUGUUUUGGAGUUCAUGGCUAAUGGGACUCUAGAAAAGUUGUUGCAUAGUAAUGAAGGGUAUGAAAAUGAAAAUCAUAGUCUCAGCCUCACACAAAGGGUCGAUAUCGCUCUUGAUAUAGCUCAUGCAUUGGAUUAUCUUCACCAUGACGAAGAGCAAGUUGUAGUUCACUGUGAUAUCAAGCCAAGCAAUGUUCUUCUUGAUAAAGAUAUGGUAGCUCACUUGGGAGACUUUGGCUUAGCUAGGCUCAUUCAUGGAUCAACAAGACAUUCAAGCAAAGAUCAAGUUAGUUCCUCAACAAUUAAAGGAACAAUAGGAUAUGUUCCUCCUGAGUAUGGAGCAGGUGGUCCGGUAUCAUCGGAGGGAGAUAUCUACAGUUAUGGAAUUCUGUUGUUGGAAAUGCUCACUGGAAAGAGACCAACUGAUAAUAUGUUUUAUGAGAACUUAAGUCUACACAAAUGGUGUAAGAUGAAAAUUCCGGAAACAAUUCUGGACAUAGUAGAUUCACGUUUGGUUAUGUCAUUUGGUGAAGAUCAAACUUGGAUUUUGGAGAACAACAUAAAGGAGUGUCUGGAAAUGUUUGCUAAAAUAGGAGUUGCAUGUUCUGAAGAAUUUCCCACUCAACGAAUGCUUUCAAAAGAUGUUAUAGUGAAGUUGCUUGAAAUUAAACGCAAGUUGUCUAUCUAA